AUGAAGUGCAGUUGCGUAAGCGGCUGCGCUCGAAGCGGCGAGGUGGAGACAGCGGUUGGAGUCGAGAUGGGACCAUCGCGACCUACAGUGAUGGAUUUUGCUAUCAUGGGUCACAUCACGAUCCUAACCGCUACGAUUCACAGCGCUGCCUCGAGCAUAGCCGCUUACGCAACUGCAUCUCGUGCUUCAUGUCGUUUCGACCCGACCACAUCUGCUUUCAUGAUCUAUACAGUGCGAACAUUCAACGAGAAAAAACCACUGAGAAAUGGAUUUGACCCACUACUUCGACACCCUGCAUCAGACAGCGAUGAUCGAAAAUGGGCAUGGGCUCAAAUAGCCCUCGCUGUUAUGGUUGUCCGUUGUACAGCUUGCCUGUAUCGUCCAGUAAUGCGGCUACUUUCGUCUGUACGCCUUCUAUAUCUGAACUAUACUUCCGCUUCUAUACAUGCACUUAUAAAUAUUCUACUGAAACUCUUUGGCCUGUUUUAA